GUUCAACAACGUUGACGAUUUCUUUUGUCCAUAUUUUACUUAGCAAUUACUAUUUUUCUUGAUGAUAAAAUAAAUAAUGAAUAUCGACGAAGACAGCAGAGAUGCUACAGAAAGCUGUCAGCCUUUGAAAAUCGAGGCGAAUGAAGCUGUCAAAGAAGUGGCAUUUGCUGUGAAAUCGGUUGAAAUUUCAUCAAAAAUUCCACCAAAAGAAGAUGAAGUUUUUCUGAAUCUCUGUACCUUAGAAGGAGAAACAUAUUGUGUGGAACUUUCCUUACAAGGAUUUCGUAUUGUUGGUUCAGAAUAUGACACAAUUGAUCAGAACAUAAACUGUAGACACUUUGAAACAAUCUAUUCAUUACUUGACAGUGUUAGUCCCAAUUAUAGACAAACAUUUGGAGAUGCCUUGAUGAAGAAGUUGUCUAUGUUAGAGGGUGAUGGUGGAGAUGAACCCAUGUCCCAAGAUUGAUAGUUGCUUAGUACUGUCACUAGAUGCCUUAAUAAAUAUUGUGAUAUGCUUGAUAUAAAGCGAAGUUACUGAUUAUAAUAUGUUGUGUUUGGUUGUGAUUAAUGUCAAUGAAUGAUACCAUAUGGAUUUUAAAGUUAAAAAAAUUUCAUGUAGGCCUACAAAAUGAAUAAACCAUUAUCAUUUUAGGAAAUGCUCUCUUGCUUUUGUUGGUAAACCAGUCAACUUUGCAUUGACAUAAGCUUACAGGCUAAAUAUUCAAGUCCAAUAUAUUGUAUUUGAUUCCUCAUAGAUAUAAUAAGAAAACUACAAUUUACCAACAGAAGUAAAUAUCUG